UUGCGAAAAAUGUCUACUCUAGUAGUUCAAUCACGUUUUGCCGGCCUCAAAAUAGAAGACGAUGAACAAGCCUCUAAUGAUAAUCAAAAAAACAAAAAAAAUAAAACUCCUCCACCUAAAAAGGCGGAUCCACCUAAGAAGCCUUUAAAAAUAACUAAUACUAAACCUCAGCAAAGUUUGGUUAAAAAGCGUAAGCAUAAGCCAGUAGAAGCUACAACUGAACAAUGGGAGAUGUGGAAGCAAAAGGAUGAAGAAAUUGUCGAUGGGAACUUUGAAUCACAGCUCCAGGAGGCUAUUUUGCUUUCUAAGCUUGACUAUGAAGAAAAAAAGGAUGUCUACCAACAAUUGAAGCAAGAGGCUGAUUUGGUAAAGAAAUUAGAGGAACAAACACGCCCUGGCCAUAAGAAACAGAAAAAGAAGAAUGUCAUGAGUCUUGAACAAUUCAAUGACAUGAUCAGUCACGGAGAGGAACCAAAUUUUGUUAAUGUCAUGUCAGAGAAAAAUCCAUCUGUUGACUUAAAACCCGAAAAAGACACAAAAUUCUUUGACAGAGUCCAAAGUGACACAAGGAAUGAGCUCCUCAAAGAGAAGAUAAUUACGAGGGUGCGACAUCAAACAGUUUCAGAUGAGAUCAUUACAAGGAUUCAAUUUACAGAAGCUUUAGAGAAAAAAGAUAAAGAAAUAGCAGCUCUUAAACAGGAGAUUGUAGAUUUAAAGGGGGAGCUUUUAACAGUGAAAUCAAGGAAUAAGAAACUUUGCAAUAUACUUGGACAGGGUGAAAUGAAAGAUAAGGCAGAAAUAUUAAUUGAGGUGGAAAAACUACGAUCAGUCCAAUCAGAGUUGACGGCUGAGCUUGCUGCUCUUCAUACAGAUUUAGAGAAGGAAAGAUCACGGAAUACAGAUUCAAGGAUCAAAGACAAGAAAAUUCCAAGUAAAAAGAAAAGUAUAGUACGCUUUGAUGUGUCAUCUGAGGCUAUUCUUGCAAAGGAUACAAGCUCUGAAACUUAA